AUGAGUACCGGAGAAGGAUUCGCCCGCCCGGAGUUGCUGGUAGACGCUGCGUGGGUGGCGGAGCACCUGGAUGACCCCAACGUGGUGGUGCUGGACGGCGACGUUGAGGCCGGCUACUUGCGCGGUCACAUCCCCGGCGCAGUAAUGGUGCCCGACAACUACGCCAAGGACCCGGAUACGGGCAGGGUGCACAUCCUGGCGCCGGAGAAGUUCGCCGCAUUUUGCCAGAACCUGGGAAUCGGGGACGACACCCUGGUCAUCACCUACGACAAUAACCAGAGCCUUUAUUCCGGUCGGCUGUGGUGGUGCCUGAACUACUACGGGCAUACCAACGUCAAGGUCCUGGACGGGGGGUGGCGCACCUGGGUCAACGAGGCCCGCCCGGUGAGCUUUGACCGGGUCGCCGGCAAGCCCGGCGCAACCUUCACUCCCAAGACCGACGAGUCCAUCAUGGUCAAGGUGGACGAACUGAAGAAGGCCUGCAGCCUUUCCGACACCGUUGUCUGGGACGUGCGCAGCGAGGCCGAAUACACCGGAGCCAACGACCGGGGCAACAAACGGGCGGGCCAUAUUCCCGGGGCGGCUUACCUGGAGUGGUUCAACGUAAUGGAGCGGGACAGCCACAAGUUCAAGCCCGCCGCCGAAAUCCGGCAAAUGUUGAACGACAAGGGCAUAACACCGGACAAGGCGGUCUUUGCUUAUUGA